AUGGAUCUCCUCCGCCGAGCUGGGAGGUUUGUUCCCGCGCGGAAUACCCCCCUCCCGUUCGCCGGCGACAAGGACAAGUUGCGGCCACGGAGGACCUGGGCCUCGCGCUUCGCCUAUCUGCGACGCCCGAUGCGGAUACGGGGCAACUCGGCCAUCUCUGUGCCGUUGGGCGUGGUGCUGCUGUUCCCCGUCAUCGUCAUCAUUUUAAUUCUGGUGCUGUUUGUUCGCCACCCGAGCUCGACGGGGAGGAUACUCAUGCCCGCUGGUGCGCCGCCGGCAAUACGAAAAAUCAGCGAGAAGCACGACAAGGUCUUUGUCACCGGCUGCCUCGAGCCCGACACCUCGCAGCCCCGCGCCAACGCCGCCUUUGUCGUGCUGGCCCGCAACAAGGAGCUUGACGGCGUGAUCCAGUCCAUGAAGUCGAUCGAGCGCCACUUCAACCGCUGGUACAACUACCCCUAUGUCUUCCUCAACGAUGGCGACUUCAACCAGACCUUCAUGGACACCGUCAAGAAUUAUACCUCGGCCACCGUCGAAUUUGGGAAGGUCGGCCCGGAGAUGUGGGGGUACCCGGACUGGAUCGACCCCAAGGUUGCCAAGGAGGGAGUCAACAAGCAGGGUGAUAAUGCCAUCAUGUACGGCGGCAUGGAGAGCUACCACUUCAUGUGCCGUUUCUACUCGGGCUUCUUCUACAAACAUGAGCUCUUGGCCAAGUACGAGUGGUACUGGCGUUUGGAGCCGGAGAUCAAGUACUUCUGCGACAUCACUUACGAUCCCUUCCUGAAGAUGAUCGAGCAGAACAAGACCUACGGCUUCACCAUCGCCGUCAAAGAACUGCGCGAGACCGUCCCCAACAUCUUCCGCUACGCCGCCGCGUACAAGCGCCUCAACAACAUCGAAUCGCAAGGUCUCUGGGAAAUGUUCACCGAGCCGAAACCCGAGAAGAAAGAGCCGCCUAAGCCCGAAAAGCCCAAGCCGGCGCGCUUGCCAGACGUCGACCCGGAGGGCAUGGAGGGCGAGGAGUACAACAUGUGCCAUUUCUGGUCCAACUUUGAGAUUGCCCGCCUCGACUUCUUCCGAAGCAAGGAGUACGAGGAUUUCUUCCAGAUGAUGGACCGCAGUGGCGGUUUCUGGAUGGAGCGUUGGGGCGACGCACCCAUCCACUCCCUCGCCGCCGGCGUCCUCCUCGCGCCCCGCGACAUCCACUACUUUCGCGACUUCGGCUACCGCCACACCACCAUCCAGCACUGCCCCGCCAACGCGCCCACCCGCCAGCUACCGCGCCAACCCUUCCUCGAGAAAACCACCACCAACGAACGUGAGCGCCGCGAGGAGGAUGAGUACUGGGAGUCGUGGGACGAGCCCAAGGAGAAUGGCGUUGGUUGUCGUUGCCGCUGUGAUACGGAUAUUGUGGAUGUGGAGGGGAAGGAGGGGAGUUGUUUGGCCGAGUGGGUUGAUGUUGCGGGCGGGUGGGCGAGUCCGUAG